AUGCCCAGCUCACUGCUUCACCGGCGGAGCCUCGUCGAAGUAAAAUUCGCGCAGCAACGAGGGAGUGACACGUCGCACGUCCCCUUUAAAGUUGUGCGGACGCCUUCUGGAAACCUCCCCGUCUACUCGCGCGUUCGGAAGCACGGCACAGAGGUUACCACCAUUGUUCGCCACGCCUUUGGAGACAUAACAGCAAUGAAGAAAGAUUUGGUGGCGAUCUGUGAGGCGCCGGUUCGCGAGCGUUUGGGGACUCUCGAGGUCAAGGGCCUGCAUGUGUUAAAAAUCAAGCAGUGGCUUCGCUCCCUCGGUUUCUGA